UUUCCGACUAUUUAUAUACGGCGAGCUCCCUGAAUAGAGCUCAGUUUGCUAUUCAACGAUGUCAGGCCAAAAGUUAUUGUUCAUUGCUCUGCUCAGCCUGAUGAUGACAGUGGCCUGGACUUUGCCCACUCAGUCAUUGAGUGUGACGAACACAUCGUCGGCGAGAAAGCAACUCAUCAAGGAAUUUGUGGCUAAGGUUCAAGAAUUAAUAAAGAUCUUAAUGCAAGAUUUGUUGAAACUUCCGGUCACGAGAUAGGAUUAUCACUUGCAAAUAAAAGUGUAUUAUUUUGUAAAUUUCAA